ACCCUACAUGUUUUUAAAAAGGGAAGACUGAUAUUGUGAUUGAGUACCUAAAAGUCACAAAAUUCCACUUCUAAAUAUUUGACCAAAAUAUAACAUCUUGCAUGAAACUCAAACCAUACAUACAUACUCACCCUUUUAACAUUCUUUCAUCUUCUCUUCUCUCUCCAUAUCCAAUUUCUUCCACUUCCCAUUAAAAACAAGACACACUUGCAUUUGCAUACCAUUUAUAGAUCUCAUGAAUCUUUGUUAUGUCUAGUUGUUAUGGAUGCUUUGUUUAGGCUUGUCAGCCACCAAAAGCAACACCACUCUCAUUCUUUCAACUCCACCACUACUAGAACAUCUAAUUCUAGUAGUUCUAAAUCAUCCCACUUUAUUUACAACCAAGAUCAAGAUCAAGAUCAAGAAGAAUGCUUUAACUUUUUUAUGGACGAAGAAGAUUUCUCUUCUUCUUCCUCGCGCCACCACCACCACCACAACCAAUACUACUCUUCUCCCCAACCACCAUUUCACCACCAAUCGUCGUCUAACACGCCCACUCCCACCACUAGCACCACUACCACCCCUCCGCCUAUAUCCCACUAUGGUUUCUCUUCUUCCGACCUCCAACACUCUGAUCCCAAUAUCAACUACUCUUACUCUCCAUCUCGGGAUGUCACCAUGGAGUACUCCAACUCAUUCUCCAACAACACGUGGGCGUCCGACUUAUUGUUGGACGCCGCACGCGCUGUAGCCGAUAAAAACAGCAAUCGGCUACAGCAGCUCAUGUGGAUGCUCAACGAGCUCAGCUCUCCAUACGGAGACACCGACCAAAAACUCUCAUCCUACUUCCUCCAAGCACUUUUCAGCCGCAUGACAGAGUCUGGUACCAGAAGCUACCAGACUCUCUCAUCAGCGUCUGAAAAAAUGUGCUCAUUCGAUUCAACUCGAAAACUCGCUCUCAAGUUCCAAGAAGUCAGCCCGUGGACAACAUUCGGCCACGUGGCGUCCAACGGCGCGAUCAUGGACGCCUUCGACGGCGAAUCCAAACUCCACAUCAUUGACGUGAGCAACACGUUUUGCACGCAAUGGCCGACCUUACUCGAAGCCAUCGCCACCCGCGCCGAUGAAACACCACACGUCGCUCUCACCACCGUCAUCGCCACUCGCACGGACGCCGUCUCCGCCGUACAAAAAGUCAUGCGAGAAAUCGGUAACCGCAUGGAGAAAUUCGCUAGGUUAAUGGGCGUACCAUUCAAAUUCAACGUAAUUCACCACACCGGUGAUCUAUCCGAUCUAAACUUCAAUCAAUUAACAAUCGAAAACGACGAAGCAGUCGCCGUUAACUUCAACGGCACGUUACGCACCGUAAACAACCGCCGUAGAGAUUACUUGUUCAACACGUUACGCAAUUUUCGUCCAAAAAUCAUCACAAUCGUUGAAGAAGAAGCGGAUCUAAGCAUCGGAACCGACGGAUUUGAAUUCGUGAACGGAUUUCAAGAAUGUUUACGGUGGUUUAGGGUUUACUUCGAGGCGUUAGACGAGAACUUUCCGAAAACGAGUAACGAACGGCUGAUGUUGGAGAGGGCGGCAGGACGAGCGGUGAUGGAUCUGGUGGCGUGUUCGCCGGAGGAGUCAGUGGAACGGCGGGAGACGGCGGCGAAGUGGUCGAGUAGGUUGAGCGGUUGUGGAUUUAGAGCGGUGGCGUAUAGUGAUGAGGUGUGUGAUGAUGUGCGGGCGUUGCUGCGGCGGUAUAGGGAGGGGUGGGGGAUGAGUACGGCGGAGACGGUGGCCGGAAUAUUCUUGUUGUGGAAAGAAACGCCGGUGGUGUGGGCGAGUGCAUGGAAGCCGGUGUGAUUGUGACUUGCACUAAAAAAAAAAGAAAAAACAAAAUCUUAAAAAAAAAGAAAAAAAUUGAAAAAAAAAAGAUGAAAAUAGAAAAGAGGAAAAGGAAAAGCUGAUGGAGGCAUGCGUAUGGGGUGGAGUGAGUGGGUUUUUUUGUAUGACAUUUUUUUUUGACCUUUUUUCUUAUAUUUGAAGGGAAAGAGAAUUGGGAUUUUUGUUAUUAUUUUUUUAGGGUUGAAGAAUUGGGUUUGACUUUGAUUGAUUGAAUAGCAAGUGAAGGUAACAUAUUAUUCUCCUUGAUAUUUGUUUUAUCCUUGUUGUUGUUGCUUUUUUUAAUUUUAGUUAAAUGGUUGUGGAUUUUGUUUAA